AUGAAGACUGCAUUAUCGGAAGUUCCACUGUGUGAUAACGAUGCUAAUUCACAAUCGAUUCCGGCUUCAUGCUCCCCUCCACAAUUGGGUGAUCAGAGUACCAGGGCUCCCUCCCCAAAAAAACCAAUGUUAGCCGACCGUAACAGGGUCAGCAAUGAAUCUACUUCUCACCCAAAGGGACUUCCACACCAAACACAUUUGAGCUUUUGCUACACUAAUGCCCAAGGUCUCCGCAGUAAGUUCUCGGAACUGGUGUUGCGUUUCCAGUCCAGUCAGUGGGAUAUCAUUGCUGUCACAGAAACUUGGUUGACGAAUGACAUUCUCGACUCUGAGUUGUGCCUACCGGGCAUGUCUCUUCUCAGACGCGAUCAUCCAACACGCGGGGGUGGUGUUCUACUUUACCAUCAAAACGAUCUCCAGUGCGAUGCAGUUGAUCCUCCUGUAUCAGCCCCCGAUACAAUUUGGUGUAAACUGAAACUGUCUAAGCAUGACGAUUGUCUUGUUGGAGUGGUCUAUCAUUCUCCCUCGUCCACGGAGUCAGCAAACGAUACAUUUGUGCGAGCUAUGUUACAAGUCCUAUCUGCAAAAUUUAGCCAUAUUCUGAUAGUGGGUGAUUUCAACUGCCCGCAUCUCGAUCAAACUCUGACCUCCCAUCUAUCGUUCCAAAGUCAAUUUAAACAGUUAAUCGACUCGCAUCCGUUGUACAACCACAUGAAGGAGCCCACAAGGUUUCGCAACCUGGCGACAUCGUCGAUGGAUCUGGUACUAACGAACGAAGAACUUAUGGUCGAAUCCAUCGGUCUCACCCCCCUUAGGACGCAGUGA